AUGGUCAGCUUCAGGAUUGUAUUUGGGCUUCUUGUUGCCGUUGCUGCAGGUGUAUCGAUCGGAGUCAUGUUGGCAAUUAUUGGAUGUGCUGUUACAUGGGGAGGAGUUGAACAUCCAGAAAAUUGGUUUGCACUAAUCACGGUGCUUUGUUAUAUAAUUGCACCUUUCCCAGAUAUUAUUGCAAGAGCCUUCUCAUCAAGAUUUGAAAAGGAAGAUCCUGAAGAUGCCACAGUGUGGGAACAUUUCGGAGCCUUCUUGACAUCAUUUAUUGCUACUAUCGGAUUAGGAUUAUUAUUUGUUUUGGCCCAUACUGGAAUUAUUCAAUGGGAAACAUUUGCUUUUGAAAUUUCAGGAGGAAUUGUCAUUGUAGCAACACUCUUUAUCAGUUUCCUUGUUUUUACAAUUGCCAAACGUAGAGAAGAUGCCGAAAAUUAUACCUAUUAACCUUAACGUCGAUUCAUUUGCUUUUUGUAUUUGUAUAUUGUUGUAAUCAUGAUAUUAUUAUUAUUGGAUUAAUAUUAUUGUAGAAUUGAUAAUUCAAUGAUAUUAUAUAUUGAGAAAUUAAUGAAAAACAAAAUUUUAAUUUAUUA